AUGUCGGUGAUUGGAUUUAUCGGACUCGGAAAUAUGGGCGGCCACAUGGCGCGAAAUUUGUUGAAAAAUGGCAAAAAAUUGAUCGUCUAUGAUGUGAACAAGACUGUCACUGAACAAUUUCGCGCAGAAGGAUGUGAAGUUGCUCAACAUCCGGCUGAUAUUGCGGCUGCUUCCAAGGAAAUUAUCACAGUUUUGCCAAGUUCGCCACAUGUUAAACAAGUUUACACAAACGAUAAUGGACUUUUAAAGUGCGUUUUUAAGAGUUCCAAAAUUUAUUUCAAAAAUCCAUUUUUCUAGAACCAUCCAACCGGGAACUCUUUGCAUGGAUUCUUCGACCAUUGAUCAAAUCGUCUCACUGGAAGUCGCCCAAUUAGCGCAAAAAAAGAAAGCCGAAUACAUUGAUGCACCAAUUUCUGGUGGUGUGACUGGAGCGCAAAAUGCUACGUUGACUUUUAUGGUUGGCGCUGGAAACGAUAGAACUUUUGAGAGAGCCAAGGCGAUUUUGGAUUUGAUGGGAAAAAAUAUUGUGAAUCUUGGAGCGGUUGGAAAUGGACAAGCGGCGAAAAUCUGUAAUAAUAUGCUUCUUGGAAUUCAAAUGAUUGCGGUUUCGGAGGCUAUGAAUCUAGGAAUCAAGUAAGCGAGAUUUCUGAAAUUUUAAAUUUUUAAGAAUUAAAAUGAAACGAGAUCUGACGAAAUAAAUUGAAAAAAAUUUGAAAAAAAUGUGGUACAGAGCUGUUUUUAAACUUUCGAUCGAUUUUUCAACUCUGAAAUCACUCGGAACGUUGAGAUAUCAAACCUCACCCAACCCCUGGAAUUCCAGGUGGGCAAUUUUUUUCGAAAAACCUAGGUGGGCAAAAAAUUUUUUAGGAUCUUUAAGGCGAGCCUCAGGCGGGCAAAAUUUUUUAGGGUCUUUAAGGCGACCCUCAGGCGGGCAAAAUUUUUUAGGGUCUUUAAGGCGAGCCUCAGGUGGGCAAAAUUUUUUAGGGUCUUUAAGGCCAGCCUCAGCUGGGCAAAAUUUUUUAGGGUCUUUAAGGCGAGCCUCAGGUGGGCAAAAUUUUUUAGGGUCUUUAAGGCCAGCCUCAGCUGGGCAACAUUUUUUAGGGUCUUUAAGGCGAGCCUCAGGUGGGCAAAAUUUUUUAGGGUCUUUAAGGCCAGCCUCAGCUGGGCAAAAUUUUUUUACUAGGUGGGCAAAUUUGGUAAAUAAACCCAGGUGGGCAAUUUUUUACCCACUUCUCCAGGUUCUUGGGUGUAGGGCUGUCAUGUGGGUCGCCCGUUUCACCCUGUUGUUUCGGUGGUGUCUCGCCCGCCUGCCUCUUAUUUUUCCCAAAACGACGCCCGCCCGCCCGCCCGCUUUAUUUUCAACUAGCCGCCCGCCCGAUCUGUCAUUCAUCCUUCUCUCUAACGCACCCAUCGCCUACCUUUUUUCACACCUUGUAAAAUCAUGUCAAAAAUGGCACGAAAAGUGACAGGUUCAAUCAAAAAGUAAUCGGAACCCUUUCAUCUUUCAAAUAAUAUUGUCGAUUGAGCGAGCGGACGUCAGAAAAAGGGAAGACGGGCGGGCGGGUGUGAGCUACAGGCGGUAGGGCGAGCGGGUGAGAGGGCCUUGAGUUGAAAAAGGGCGGGUGUGUGGGCAUGGUUAGUUUACGACCAUAGGGCGUCAAGGCGAGCGGGCGAGACAGUUCUCUUCUCUUCUUACGCCCGCCCGCCCCGGGCUCCAUUUUGACAGUCCUACUUGGGUGAGGUUUGUUGAGAUAUUUUUUUCUGAAAUCAAUUGAUUUUAAUUUUAAAAUUCAUUUUUCUCAUUCUAUAAAAAUUUACUGUUUCAAAAAAAUCAAAUUUUUGAAAAAUCCGAAAGUAAAACAAAGAAAAAAGCUUAUUCUGAUUUUCACCCAAAAAUAUUUUCAGCAUGGGUCUUGACGCCAAAGCUCUAGCCGGAAUCAUCAAUACAUCAUCUGGUCGAUGCUGGUCAUCAGAUACCUACAAUCCGGUACCCGGAGUUAUUGAAGGCAUUCCAUCCGGAAAAGGAUACGCUGGAGGAUUCGGAACCUCUUUGAUGGCUAAAGAUUUGUCGUUGGCUCAAAAUGCCUCGACAAAUACACAAGCUCCAACUCCACUCGGCUCAUUAGCUCAUCAAAUUUAUCGAAUUCUCGCUCGCGAUCCACAUUAUCAAGCAAAAGAUUUUGGAGUAGUUUAUCAAUUUUUGAAGAAAUCCAAUUUUUAG